AUGAAGUUUUCUACCAUAUCUGCCAGUCUGAUGGCAACUCUUGCUCUUGCAGCACCAACCCCCACCGUCAACGAAGUUGCCGAUAUUGCUCAAAUCGCAAAGCGUGCCAGUAUCACGGAUGUCGGAACGGGUUAUGCCUCUCAGAAUGGGGGGACCACUGGAGGAGCUGGUGGAACGACGACGACCGUCUCGACGUAUGCACAAUUCACGGCUGCGGUUGCCGGGACUGCAAAGAAAGUUGUCAUUCUGAGCGGUGCCAUAACAGAAACCGCAGACCAGGUAAAAAUCGGGAGCAACACGUCCCUCAUCGGUAAAAAUUCUGGAGCCAAACUCACUGGCUUUGGCGUCAUAGUCAAGUCGGGGACUAAUGUUAUCAUCCGGAAUAUUGCUAUUGCAAAAGUGCUUGCAGACAAUGGGGAUGCCAUUGGAGUGCAACUUUCUACCAACGUUUGGAUUGAUCACGUCGAUGUAUCUUCGGACCAGGACCACGAUAAAGACUAUUAUGAUGGUCUGCUAGACUUUACGCACGCGGCCGACUUUGUCACGGUCUCCAACUCGUAUAUCCACGACCACUGGAAGGCAUCCCUGGUCGGCCACAGCGACUCAAACAGCGCCGAAGAUACCGGGCAUCUGCGCGUCACAUACAACAAUAAUUACUGGAACAACAUCAACUCCCGCGCGCCAUCCAUCAGAUUCGGAACCGGGCACAUUUUCAACAGCUACUUCAAUGAAGUUGCAGACGGAAUCAACACUCGCGACGGUGCGCAGGUUCUCGUCGAAUCCAACACAUUUGUCGAUAGUAAGAAGCCUCUCUAUAGCACCGAUGAGGGAUACGCUGUUGAAAGCGACAAUGAUUUUGGCACUGGCAGUAACGAGGCGCUGGCUGGGACUCUGACUUCGGUGCCCUACUCGUACUCGAAGCUUGGAAGCGGGGCAGUCAAGGCUGCUGUUGUUGGUACGGCUGGUAACACAUUGAGCUUCUGA